CAUAUAGGAUGAAGAAGAGAGAUCAUAAUGCUACCCAAACCUCUCUCUCUCUUUGCCAUUCGAUUUCUCCGAUUAACGAUAGGAACAUAUGAUUCGAUUUAGGUAAUAUAUGUCUCUCUGCCGAUAGUAAUCUGUGAUUUUGUGUGUGUGGUGAUUUAGGGUUUUUGGUGACACAUUGAAUUUGGGUGAGGAUCCAUCUGGUUCGAUUUUGUGACUCGUGAUCGGCCAAAAGCUGUCGUCUUUACAACAGCUGGGUAGCUGAAUAGAUGGAGUCUUCCAAAGAGACAGGAUGCCAAGCUCCAGAAGGCCCCAUUCUUUGCAUCAACAACUGUGGCUUCUUUGGCAGUGCUGCCACAAUGAACAUGUGUUCCAAGUGCCACAAGGACAUGAUAUUGAAACAGGAACAGGCCAAACUUGCAGCUUCUUCCAUUGAGAACAUCGUAAAUGGUGGAUUGGGCGGCAACGGUAAGGAGCUUGUUGUUGGUGGUGAUGUGGAUGUGCAAGCCGGACCGGUGGAGGUGAAGGUUGUUUCUACACAAGCAUCAUGUGAUUCAUCCUCUAGCCAGAGUUCAGAGUUGAAGGUGAAAGAGGGUCCUAAUAGGUGCGGCACUUGUCGCAAACGUGUCGGUUUAACGGGGUUCAAUUGCAGGUGUGGAAAUCUCUUCUGUGCAGUUCAUCGGUACUCUGACAAACAUGACUGUCCAUUUGAUUAUCGGACAGUUGCUCAGGAUGCUAUCGCCAAAGCCAAUCCUGUUGUGAAGGCUAAAAAGCUCGACAAAAUCUAGGAGCCAUGGACUGAAGGUUUUAUUUUCAUGUGCUGAAGUAUGAUGCUUUCACUUUAUAUCCAUGUCUAUUCGUAUAAGUUGGGAGCUCAUCUUGCUAGGUAUCCUUGAGUGAUAUAAAUGGUUUAGAGCAUGAGAGUGAGGGUUUUUUCAGUCCAUUGAACACUAUUGUCCUUGUUGGUCGAUGAGGAUUACUUUCAUCUCUGGUGUGUUUCUUUAUUUGGGCUGGCUUCUUAGACGUAUUCAUGAUUAAUUUGUAAUCUGUCCUUUUGGUUC